UUUUUUUUUCCUCCCUCCUUCUGUGAAUGAAUUGCCUUGCAGGAGGGACUGAAAAUACAGCUUCUUCCUGAAUCCAGUGGCAGAGUUACUAGAGACAGCUCAAGACACAACACUGCAGAGUAACGCCUUGGAAUGUCCUCGCACUUUAUAAACAAUUGUCCUAGGGAGGGAAUAUUUUUACAUGACAUUUGCACAGCUUGACAAAUGGCUAGCUGAGGCUGUGUGCUGCUCUGAUGAACGCUGAAUAUCACACAGAGAUACCCCACAAACUGACCAAAGAGAGACAUCUAACUGCACUGGGAAAGUAGAAGUGGAAGUUGGAGCCUUAAAAACACCUCACCAAAACAACAAACAAACAUCAGCAUUUAAGUGAAGAGAGGAAGAAAUUUAUCUUGGGCAGGAUGGCAUCUGCCCAGGACCUUUUAAUCCUGACACUGUAUGGCUUGUUACUAGAGUUACCGGCUGGAUGUCACGCAGCGGAUACGAGGCAGCCAAGGUUACGUCUGUCACAUAAAGAGCUCUGGGAUUUAAACAGGACGUCAGUCUUUCGUAGCCCGUUUGGAUAUCUCGGUCUUCACAUAAUGCUGCUGGAUGAGUAUCAAGAGCGACUGUUUGUGGGAGGAAGAGACCUCUUGUAUUCCCUCAGUUUGGAUCGAAUCAGCAACAACUACCGAGAGAUCCAUUGGCCUAGUACACCUCAGCAGGCAGAAGAAUGCAUAAUUAAAGGAAGAGAUGCUGAUGAAUGUGCAAAUUACAUCCGUGUCCUUCACCGAUAUAACAGAACGCAUCUUCUGGCUUGUGGAACGGGAGCUUUUGAUCCCCUCUGUACUUUUAUAAGAGCUGGACAUCCAUCAGAGGAUCAUCUUUUUCAACUGGAAUCGCACAAAUUUGAGAGAGGACGAGGCAGGUGCCCUUUUGACCCCAGUUCUUCCUUCACCUCCAUCUUAAUUGGUGGUGAACUUUUUACUGGUCUCUACAGUGACUACUGGGGAAGAGAUGCUGCCCUGUUUCGCUCCACGAAUCGCAUGGCCCAUCUCCGAACAGAACCUGACAAUGAGCGCCUAUUGAAAGAACCAAAAUUUGUUGGCUCAUAUAUGAUUCCUGACAAUGAAGAUCACGACGAUAACAAAGUAUAUUUCUUCUUUACUGAAAAAGCUUUAGAGGCUGAGACGAGCACUCAUGCCAUAUAUACCAGAGUGGGACGAGUAUGUGCGAAUGAUAUGGGAGGCCAGAGAAUGCUCGUCAAUAAAUGGACCACUUUCCUCAAAACCAGGCUAGUUUGUUCUGUGCCUGGGAGAAACGGAAUUGAUACGCAUUUUGAUGAAUUAGAGGAUGUGUUUUUGCUGCAAACUCGUGAUAACAAAAAUCCAGUGAUAUUUGGCCUCUUCAACACUACAAGCAAUAUAUUCAGAGGCUAUGCUAUAUGUGUUUACCACAUGGCAAGUGUCCGAGCGGCUUUCAAUGGACCGUACGCUCAUAAAGAAGGACCUGAAUACCACUGGGCUCUCUACGAAAGAAAAGUACCUUAUCCUAGACCUGGUUCAUGUGCCAGCAAGGUGAAUGGAGGUCUGUACACUACCACUAAAGACUAUCCUGAUGAAGCUGUCCAUUUUGCCAGGACUCAUCCACUAAUGUAUCAGCCCAUCAGGCCUGUUCAUAAGAGACCAAUACUGGUUAAAACAGAUGGAAAGUAUAAUCUUAAACAACUAGCAGUGGACAGAGUGGAAGCUGAAGAUGGGCAAUAUGAUGUCCUGUUCAUUGGCACAGAUAAUGGCAUUGUGCUGAAAGUCAUAACAAUUUACAAUCAAGAGACAGAAUCAAUGGAAGAAGUGAUUCUUGAAGAGCUGCAAGUAUUCAAGAUGCCAGUUCCUAUUAUUUCUAUGGAAAUCUCUUCAAAAAGACAACAGCUCUAUGUUGGCUCCGAGUCAGUCAUAGCACAGGUGAAGUUCCACCAGUGUGACAUGUAUGGCACGGCCUGCGCUGACUGCUGCCUCGCCCGGGAUCCCUACUGCGCCUGGGAUGGGAUCUCCUGCUCCCGCUACUAUCCCACAGGAGUGCAGGCAAAGAGACGUUUCCGCAGACAAGAUGUUCGCCAUGGAAAUGCAGCGCAGCAGUGCUUUGGCCAGCAGUUCAUUGGUGAAGUACUGGAGAAGACUGAGGAGCGACUUGUUUAUGGGAUAGAGUACAACAGCACCCUUUUGGAGUGCACCCCUAGGACCUUACAAGCAAAAGUAAUCUGGCUUGUCCAGAGAGCACAUGAAACUAAGAAGGAGGAGGUGAAGACAGAUGAUAGAAUAAUCAAAAUGGACCUUGGACUUUUAUUCCUGAAGCUCCAUCGUCUGGAUGCAGGGACUUACUUUUGCCAGACAGUGGAACACAGCAUUGUUCACACUGUCAGGAAAAUCACCCUGGAAAUAGUUGAGGAAGAACGUGUAGAUGAAAUGUUUAAUAAAGACUAUGAGGAGGAGAUGCCUCACAAAAUGCCAUGCCCAAUGCAGAGCAGUAUACCUCAGGCACCAAAGCCAUGGUACAAGGAAUUUCUUCAGCUAAUAGGUUACAGCAACUUCCAGAGGGUGGAAGAAUACUGUGAAAAAGUGUGGUGUACUGAUAAGAAGAGAAAAAAGCUGAAAAUGUCUCCAUCCAAGUGGAAAUAUGCCAACCCUCAGGAGAAGAAGGCAAGGAUCAGACCAGAGCAUUACCGGUUGCCCAGGAACAUAGCUGACUCUUGAUGGACAAAAUCCAUCCACUGUUUCUGAGCAAAAGGACUUAGUCAAGAGGGAGAAAUCAGUCUUGAUUUGAGUAAAUUACACAGGUUUAUAUAUAUAAAAUAUUGGGACUGAAAAAAAAAAUGCUAUGGUAAGUUAUACUGUACACAUGAUGACUGUUUAGAAGCAUUUUAAAGAAAAUCUUCUCGGCUGUUUGGUUCUAAGUCAAUGCAUUAGGGAGGACGUGACAAUCUUCAGAUUUUGAGUGCUUGAAUCAGUCUCCUGUGUGGACUGUGCUUGUGCUGUAUAUUGUUGCACAUGAUGGCAUAUUUAACAAAUUUGAAUAGCUAAGCAUUCACAAAUGAAUGAAAAGUAUAACACAUUUCUUUGUUUCACAAAUUUCUCAUGCUUCUAAAAGUGGCACGUCUUAAGAUCUUUCCUUUUGAUUGUGACCUGUCUGAGUUUAUCACUGAGAACAAUGAGUUAUGUUAAUACAGUGUACUGCUAUUUCUAAAGGUAAUGAAGGGAAAUCCUAUUUACUUCCCACCAUUUUUUUUUUCGUAUCAAUCAUUUAUGGAGUGCAAUGUGGUCUCACAGCUAAAUAAUAUUGCCUAGUAACUUGAUGCAAGUCAAAUGCAUGCUGAGAACACAGGCAGAAUGAAAUUCAUCAAUUUAUCUACACAAGAAGUUGAAAUAAUGGUUUAGAUAGAAAACGAGUCCAUCUUGUGUCUAGUACCUUGCAUUAGUGAUGACACGAAUUAAGGGAUCGCCCUCUUGUGGCGAAAAAAAGGCAAAACCUGAUACUAAAACUCAUUUUCUGAAGAAAUGUGUAUAAGCAGAAAAGUAUUACCGAGAUCCACAGCUGGUUUGUUUUCAGCAGACACUUUUAGUCUCCAUGUGCUAAGCUCACAGAUUUAGAAGGCAGUGUUGGAAUUCAUUUAUACUGGAAAGGCAGCGUUUAAAGUAAGUGACGCUUUAUGCUGUUAACAUGCUUUUGGAGUAAAACGCAGUCAUUAAAAUUUGGGAUGUAGAUUAAAAAUAAGAAUAGCAUUAUGAAGCUGUGUUUCUACAGUUUCAGGACCUAUUCCAGGUAAAUCUUUUUCUGAUAUGUGAUCUCUGGUCUACAGGGUUGCUUUGCUUUGCUGCUCUUGUGAGUGAUACCAGGGGAUACCAGGAGAGAUCAAAAGAACUAAGUUGCUUACAACCUAGGCCUUUCAAGAUUUACUAUAAAGAAA